UGACCUUUUCUGAUAUAAGUUUGGUUCAGCCGAAAGAAAACCUUGAAAAUAUUCUUGGAUCAAACAGUCAGCGAUAUUGGAAAACCACCAGACUGUGGUAUAAAAAUCAGAUAAGCAAAGAUGAGUUCAAUAAGAUAGCCAAAGAGCUGCUAGGUGAUACAAAUAUUCAUGUCCACAAUGAGUUUGUAUUGGCUUUGUUGUUAAAAUGUCAGCAGACCCAUCGUGGGUUUAAAAGAGGUAUACCACUCAACAUUAACGGUUCCUGUGUUGAGAAUCAGGGACACAUGUUGGUGAGAAAGAGAGCACUUGAGGCUCGAGCUUUGCCUGGCAGGGCUGGUCUGGCGGUUCAAGACAGAGUUUUACCAGACGAAGACACCAUAACCAGCAGAUGUCUUACAGGGGCCUGGGAACAUGACCUAGAUGUCGUCAGCAUGGAUGUUGUGCCUCUGAUAAAGAGCGCUCUUCAAAUGUAUAUGCAGAAGAUACUGACGGAUUGCACAAAGGUAUGCAAAGCAUAUCACAUGGACGAGCACAACAUUCCUUUUGGAUUCAACCAGCCACAUCCGACUGAUAGUGUUGAGCAACUACCCAGUUUAAUUGUACUUAGUAAACGGAACUCCGAAAGAACGUACAAGAUGGCAGAUUGUAUAUGUGAGGAGAGGAAUCUCAGCAAAACUAACAUCACCAUUCCACAUUUAAUUCAGGUAUUGCACAAGUUAAAAUCUAAGAAGAUAGGACUGAUGAAUAUAGAGAGAGCGCAGUGUCUCCAGACGACCAAACAGCGGAGUCCUCACACAAAGCUUGUCAGCUCUACACUCAACAAGAUAUUCGACAAGGGCACCACCCUCAGCGACACUUCCGACUUGACUAUCAAAUAUAAAUCUACUGGUGUUUCUUGAACAAGUUUUAAAUAAAGUUUUCACCAUUUAAACAACUGGGAGAAUAACAACUGUAAUAUUUCACCGCUGAUGAUACCAGCUGAAGGCAGCUGAUAUAAGAAUAUUUAUGAGAAUUUUGAGAAGAUUUAAAGAAUAUAGCAGGAGUGUGCUUACUUUUUCUACUUUCGAGCUGGAACAUCAAAUCAUGAUCACUGUUAGUGGUCGUCGUGUAACAAAGCUUGUGUUGUGAAUUUAAAGUUAGCUUUGACUGUGUUAAACAAGUAUUAUACUUGUAUUAUACUGCAAGUUUUAUACAUGGCACUGUGUGUAUUUAGUUCAUUCAAUAAUGUGAUCGGUUGUGGUAACAAUCGUAUAUUGCGUAUUUGAUGUCUGCAAAUUAGAUGGCUGAGAUGAACUUGAU